GUUGUACCUAAAAGUACAACCAGAUAAAAAUAGGCAGUACAGAAACAGUAGUACUCGAGACUAUUACAAUUAAACGAUUUAGUGGGCUAAUAUUGAUUUACAUUUGAUAUAAAGAUCAUUACUGUUUAGAUUAUCUGGAUUUUACUUUUAGUUAUGUAACAACUUCUCUUCGUCAAAUCUAUCAGUAUACGAUAAUAUACAAUAUUGGUGAAAAGAAAAAUCAGGCGCUAUUUCAAGUCCGUUUUGGUGGACGUAACCUCACUGUACAGUCGUCAGCGCAUGUGCAGUAUCCAGUGUUUGGGAUAACGCGCUAGAAACCGAACUAGUCGCGACAAACUCGCGCGCUAAUACACUCGCAUGCACGAUGAAAAUAUUUUAAAACGUGAAUUGUAAAAUUACGAGAUAAAUAUUAAAUUUAAAAAAAUAAUUGAAAAUCAAAUGGCUAAAGACUAUGCAACAGUUGAUAUGCUAUUAACAACUACUUCGUGUUGAUUGUAAUACUACAACUCCUUCAAGAUGAAAUACACAUGGAAACACGGAUUGUACUGCAUCUCGGCAUUUCUGGGAUCGGAAGAUGAAUCCGUCGAGAUCUUUACGAAAUCCAGCUUGGGAAGCAUUUCCCCUUUGUUAUGGAGGAUACCAAUAUUUUUGUGGGCAACCAUCUCACUUUUCAUGUCAAUGAAUUAUUUCUGGGGGCCAACGAAACUAUUCUUUGUGUAUAUGACACAUUGGGGUCUGUUAUUCAUCGUCCUGGAAUCUAUGUUCGGUGUCAUCGUAGUACUAAGGAAACGCGGAAGACCAGAUGCUACAUUUGGCUUGCCUUGGUAUGUAAAAACGUACUGGGUCCUCUACAAUAUUUCAAUCCCGGUUGCCUUUCUCAUUACUGUGUUCUAUUGGGGAAUAUUAAAAUCAUCAUUGGACACAGUGAAGUUCUCACCGAAUCCUGUGCUGGACGUAAUGAUUCACGGCGUCAACUCCGUGGUAAUGUUCGUUGAGCUGAUGUUCUCGGCGCAUCCCAGUAGACUGCUACACAUCAUGCAACCGCUGUACUUCGCCGGAGCCUACAUGUUAUUCUCUGUCACUUAUUAUUUCGCUGGUGGAUUAGAUCCCUGGGGGAACAAAUUCAUCUAUCCAGUGAUAGACUGGUCAAAGCCAAAUCAAACGAUGGUAGUAAUUACCCUCACGGCUAUAUUCCUUGCCUUAAUGCAUCUCAUCACCGUGGCAAUGGCGGCUGCUCGGGACUCCAUUACGAAGCAGUGUAAACCAGAUCCAACAGGAGUUUAUAAUGAUGGAUUCGAACCCUAAUGAAUUUUUCCAUCAUUCACCAACAUUUUUCGUUCAGAAUUAAGCCUUCAUCAAAGAAGAAAAGUGCGAACGUGAUGAGUGAUGAUUGAUGAAUAAGAAACCUCCGAUAUGAUUGAUAUCCUUGAUCAUACUGAUAGUACGAUCAAUAGAUAUUAAUCAUUACUGAUGGGCUGGUUUUAAAAUACAUAUAUUGCAAUUGAGGUGCAGUAGAGUGUGUCAGCUACAAUAUAAUGCUAACGCUAAAUGCGGCCGCUUUUUUUUCCAUACUUAUGCUGAUAGUCUUGAGAAGGCUAUUUCAGCUUCACUCCAAUAUGUAGGUGAGCUCACGGGGCUGAAACCGGAAAUGUUGCUAACACUGACCCUCGCAAGAGCAGUGCUUCGCAGAAUCUACCACCGGAUCGGAAACGCGACCCACUGAGAAGAUCUGGUAAGAAAUUCAGUGAGCUAGCGGCCUGCCAUAAUCUAAAGAAGAACUCUUUUAGCCCAUGAAACGCAAAAAUAAUGUCAUUUGAUAAAGAGAGACAGAAACUUUAGAAUCAGAACAAAUUUGAAAGUAUUUGAAUCUUAUAAAUUUGACAAUAAUAAUUUUCGACAAACUAAUAAUAUUAUAUUUAUGACAUGUAGUAUGAACAUUUUUAUACCCAAACCGUUUGACUACUACGAGUAUAGCAUGGAUAAGGCUUUACUCAUGUCGAAUAAAUCAUGUCGCUAAAAUAAAUAUGUCACAAGAGAAACGCUACCACUUAAUUAAAAUACACCGUUCACUGAUUGAUGAUAUCAAAUGAAUGGUUAAUUGUUGAAACUAAAGCUGAAAUAUAGAAUAGAUUUUAUAACAGACGAUAAAAGAAACUUGCUGUUUCUCCAGAUUGAUUCAAAAGUACCUGAAAUCGAAUCGGAACUACGAAACUGCCAAAGAAACGACUUAAAGUGAAGUUGAUGUGUUGCCUUUUUUAAAUAAAUUUAACAAAAAAUAAUUUUCUAACAAUGACAUUAGAGAAAAAUUGUAUUGUGACGAUACUAUUAAUUAUUACCUAUUAUUAUUAAACGGUAUUAUUAAUUUUUAAGGUUAAUUCACUAAAUAAAACUGUUAGGAAUGUUAUUUGUUGUUGUAAAUAAAAACGAUUUUGUAUUCUUUAAGUUAAAUCA